CAGAAUUCUCCGUCUAGACCCAUCUAUAACCUACCUCACCGCCAGCCAAGUCCCCCGGCGUUAAUUUGCGCGACGAGACCGUAGCUUCGCCAAAUUCGACCAUUUGUCCAAUAUCUCACUUAUGAUCAUUGUCCUAUGUGCGUUCAUUUCGAUCGCUGCGUAUGCCGGCACUUCGAUACUUUUCGGCGCUUUCCUCGCCGGCACGUUUCUGACGUACAUCCCCUCCAAACACUCCGAAGGCCCGUUCGUCGUCAUGAGCAGGGAGGAAGGCGAGCGCGAGAAAGACAAGUCGCCGACUUUCGUCCACACGUUCGAAUACUACUGCCUCGAUGCGCAGAAGUACGUUCUUGAACCGCUCUUCUUCGCUAGCAUUGGGCUCGCGAUUCCUUUCCUGGACCUCUGGACUGGGAAGGCCAUUUGGAAAGGCUUUGUAUACACGCUGCUCAUGCUAAUCGCGAAAUUUGUUGUGGGAAUUUGGAUUCCAAUAUGGUCCGUAGCACAGCAUGACCCGAAGAAAGCGAAAGAAAACCUCCAGCAACAGUCCACACCCGAGGAUGGCCACCCUCUGGAAAAGACAACCUCUUCGCCGUACUCUCCCUCCAGCAGCGCUGCACUUAGUUCCUCACUGUCUCCUGCCCUUGUCCUCGGCAUGGCCAUGGUCGCCCGUGGAGAGAUUGGUUUACUAAUUGUACAAAUUGGGUAUAACAACACUUCCUACGUUUCUUCGGAUGGUUUUAUCACUGCUAUUUGGGCUAUUCUGCUGAACACCAUUAUUGGACCCAUCUUUGUUGGAUCGCUCAUUAAAUUUAAGGGAGAGACUAUAGCAAAGGGUCCUUGGGGACUGGUGCCUGGACCAAACCAUGCCAUCGAGCGAGAAAGGGAAAACAAGAGGAGGCGCGACGAUGGACUUGAAGCACAGAUAGAAGAAGAUGGCGUGAGAAGGUCAUAAGCUGACUAGUCACGUUGUGUGAUCAACGUUUGAUCCAACAUGGAGCAAACUCAUGAAGAAGGUUGGUCUAAACUUUAUCAUGAUACCUCAGA